AUGCAAAUUUAAAGAAGCAAAUCAGUUUCGUUUUCAUCAUAAAGAGAUCGACUACAAUUUGGAAAUAUAAGGAUAAUUGAGUUUAGAUAAUUUGUUCUUUUGUCUCGAUUGAAAAAAACUUAAGUGUUAUAUCUAGUUGGAUUAAGGAGUUUUUGGUUGUAAAUUAGGUUGAAAGGGGUGGAUUUCGAGAUGAAAAAUAUUGAAAGUCAUGGAGGAACAAAUAAAUGA